AUGUCUGCUACGAACGUGAAAGGUGCAAGGGCAGAGGUGAAUUAUCGCCCUCUCGACAUCUCCAAGAACGAAAUUCAUUUACUCUCUUUCGAGAACACUACCCCAAAGACCCCAAUCCGGCUCAGUCUACAUUACGUAUCCUUGAACGACUACCACCUGAGCCACGCAUGGGGAGAUUGUGAAGAGGAGAAGGCCAUAAUCCUUUUAGACGACGUCGAAACAGCCGUGACGAAGAAUCUAGAAGGAGCUCUACAAGACCUGCGAUCUAGCGUCGAGUGCCAGCUCGACAUGAAGAUGUGGAUCGACGCUCUGUCCAUUGAUCAGGCCGAUAUUGAUGACCGAAACAAACAUGUCUUACGGGUGAAAGAUAUUUUUGGCGGUUCAUUCUGUGUCACUGCUUCUGUCAAGGACAAGGGCUCGCGGGAUGAUAGACGCCCAAUGAGCCAACUGCUGACUUCCACAGGACAAGGUCUACGGCCUACAAAUGCCAUGGCAAUCGUUUACAGCCGAGAGACAGAGGAGAUCCUUGCCGAGUUUUGUUCUCUGGUCCCAGAAUGGCUAUUUACUUAG